AUGACAGCCUCUUCGGGAGAUAUUGUGCCCUUUUCGGUGGAAGGGAAGACGGCCAUUGUCACGGGCGCUGGCUCGGGGAUCAAUCUGUCAUUUGCAUCUCUUCUACUAUCCCGGAAUUGCAACUUGGUAGUGGCCGAUAUCGCAUUGCGACCAGAAGCCGAGCAACUCAUUGCCAAGUAUGAGGCCGCCGAUUCCUCCCCGCGAGCAGUUUUCAUUCGCACAGACGUCACCUCUUGGGCAGACCUGAAUCGCAUGUUCGACUUGACCUUGUCCUUGUUCGAAGAGUUCCAUAUCCUCUGUCCUGGGGCUGGGGUCUACGAGCCCCCGUGGUCGAAUUUCUGGCAGCCACCCGGUUCCGCGAUCAGCAAAGACAAGGACGACAGCGACCGGUACGCUCUGCUGGAUAUCAACGUCACGCAUCCGAUCCGAACGACGCAACUGGCCUUGUCGCACUGGUUGCAUCCGACGAGCCCCAACGUGACUCCUGUCUCCCCGCAGAAUCCCCGCCGCGUUAUUCACAUCUCCUCCGUGGCAGCCCAACUGCCGAACGUUGUGUGUCCCAUGUAUGGCGCUUCAAAGGCCGCCAUUACCGGCUUUGUGCGAUGUCUAGCCCCCCUCGAACAAGCCAUUGGCGUCCGCGUCAAUGCAGUGGCCCCCGGUCUCAUACGUACGCCAUUGUGGGUUGAAAAUCAGGAGAAGUUGAUGCUUAUCGACCAGGAGAAGGAUGGAUGGGCAACGCCCGAAGAGGUCGCCUCAGCCAUGCUACGAUGCAUGGAAGAGAAGGAGCUUGAGGGUGGAACAAUCCUAGAAGUUGUUCGCAACUCAACCCGACGCGUCGAGACGCUCAAUGACCCAGGUCCCGCCAGGGCGGCUGGGGAUGCCUCCAUUGCCAGCAAGAAUCAGCAGGGGGUGGACCAACUCCUCGAAUUCCUAAAGCAGAAGGAUAUAUGGGCCCCACAACAGCGGUCGACGUAG